GGCGGGCGGGCGCCGGGGGGAGGGGGUGCCACGCACAUAUACGUAAUUGGAUGACUGACGGGUCGGGCCUGUGUUCGUUCUGUGUCCGUUCGUUCGUGGCGGAUUUGGGACUGCGGAUUGUUGGAUGGAUGGAUGGAUUUCUUUUGCUCGUUCUACCGAUCGAUACUUUACGACGACGACCAUCUACAUAAGGCAGAAAUUUGGGUUUUAUACUCUACUCUAUCCACUCUACGUUUUUUUCUUCUCUUCGUUUCCGGUGUGCGGGCCGAUGCGGAACCGGGACAGCCUACAGGGCUGCAGAUGUUUUGUAUGUAUGUAUGAGUUUGCGUUUGUGGCGUGGUGGAUGAGAAGGGAAGGAUACAUGCGGCCGAUCGCUGGUGCGCUACGGUAGGUACUCUGGGCUUGUAGUAGGUAGCGGGCAGGAGAUCGCGAUGGUUAUGCAGAUAGGAAAUCGAAUUGCUUCGGAUUCUAUUAUGUAGAUGUUGGGAUGC